CCGCUGGCCUUCAACGGUGGGCUUUCUGUGGCAAUAACAGAACUCCGGCUCGUCAGUGAACAAAGUCAACAUGCCAACAGGCCUCCGGCUCCUUUCAUGUACCUGGCCACAUUGGACUGAUCUGUGCCAAGCAUCUCUUCCGCCGUGGUGCUCUCUCUUGCUUGACAGUGGCGCGGGCCAAUGGCGAGGGCGGGUUUGGGGAGAGGCGGGCGCUGCUUCCGGUGCCAAGUGUGAAGAAUUGUGACGGGAGGAAAACACGGCGCGAGCAGGAUGAACUAACGGCCGCGGGCGCGGGCAGCGGCAGAGCGCGGGAGAGCAUCACGUCGACCCGUCACCGGGCGGGCGGCCGGAGCUCGGCGACAGGCACAGCCCGCUUCCAGAUCCUCAGGGAACAUCGACUCGCCGAAUCUGGCGGACGGACCAGUGAGAUACCUGGUUGUCCAAAGAGGGACUAUUAGUGGACAAGGAAAUUCGCCGUGCGUGAUCUGCCGGGCACUGGUCCACGUUUUGGAUGGUGUGGCAGAUCUAGUAGAGAGAAGAUCCCCGCCGGGUGUUGGAGGGCGUCCCGCUGGCUGAGCAAGAUCCCAUUCGGUGUUGGGGCAGGUCCCGUUGGAUGUUGGUGCACAUCCAGUUGGGUGUUGGAGCAGGUCCCAUUGGGUUGGAGAAGGAUUGCGUUGGGGCUGACUCUGUUCUGAGCAGUUGUCGUGUGCGUGAGUGCUGAUGAUCCGAAAGCUAUGUUCAGGGUCUGGACUGGGGCUGGGCAGUCGCUUCGGGAGUAUUCGCCUCUCCCAGCGCUUCGUGUUUCUGAUCUUUCUCAGUGCCUUGGUCACCGUGUGCUUCGGGGCCAUCUUCUUCCUACCGGAUUCCCUGCGACUCCGUCGCUUCUUCUUAUUGUCCACCGAGCCGCAACGCACAGACAUUGCGGGGAGUGGGCAGGGAGUGGGGCCGAGGCUCGCUGCAGCGUCCCCUCACAGGCAGGCAGAAGCGCACAUCCGUUCACUGUGGCGAGGAAAGGAAGACAGACUCGGCAAAGAGUCCCUGCUGGAUCUAAUUCGCCAGGGGGUGACGGAAGGAGGGCGUAGGGUCACCGGCGAUUCAGAGAGUGGGGCAGCAGUCAACGGAGGCCCGGUGGAGGCCAGUAACGGCCAUCACCCGCCAUCAUUAGAACCACGAGCACAGUCGACAGAUCAGGACGUUAGGAGCCACCGGGAGAAAGUCAAAGAGAUGAUGAAAUUUGCCUGGGAUAACUACAGACGAUAUGCGUGGGGAACUAACGAACUCAAGCCAUUGUCAAAGAAUGGACAUGCCAGUGGCUUAUUUGGAGGUCUUCUAGGAGCCACAAUUGUAGACUCUUUGGACACACUUUUCAUUAUGGGUCUUCAAGAGGAGUUUAGAGAAGCCAGAGAAUGGGUGGAAAACAACCUGGAUUUCAAUGUGAAUGGAGAGGUGUCUCUCUUUGAAGUGACCAUCCGCUUUGUUGGUGGGCUGCUAUCGGCGUAUUACUUGACAGGUGAUGAGUUAUUCAAAGCGAAAGCAAUUGAAUUAGGAGAGAAGCUAUUGCCAGAUUUUAAUACUCCUACUGGUAUUCCCUGGGCCUUGAUAAAACCUUCGCAGUGGCUAGUUGGUCGGAACUGGGGCUGGGCCUCAGGGGGUAGCAGUAUUUUGGCAGAGUUUGGCACCUUACAUCUGGAGUUUGUCCACCUGAGUGAGGUGUCAGGUAAUCCAAAGUUUGCUGAAAAGGUGAUGGCAAUCCGGAAAGUUCUGAAUCGCUUAGAGAAACCUCAUGGCCUUUAUCCCAAUUAUCUUAGCCCUGUUACUGGUCACUGGGGGCAACAUCAUGUCUCCAUUGGUGGGCUUGGGGACAGUUUCUAUGAAUAUUUGAUCAAAGCCUGGCUUAUGUCUGACAAAACUGACGAAGAAGCAAAAACCAUGUAUUAUGAGGCUUUACAGGCUAUAGAGACAAAUCUAGUGAGGAAAUCUGCCAGUGGUUUGACUUAUAUUGCAGAGUGGAGAGGUGGAAUACUGGACCAUAAAAUGGGGCAUUUGGCAUGUUUCUCGGGAGGGAUGUUAGCCAUGGGAGCUGAUGAUGCACCAGCAGAUCAGUCUAAACACUAUAUGGAAUUGGCAGCAGAAAUCACUGUCACCUGCCAUGAAUCAUAUAAACGAUCAGCAACUAAACUUGGUCCUGAAGCAUUUCGUUUCGAUGGUGGUGCAGAUGCUGUUGCUACAAGAAUGAAUGAUAAGUAUUACAUCCUGCGCCCUGAAGUGGUUGAAACCUACAUGCACAUGUGGAGAUUUACCCAUGACCCCAGGUAUAGAGAAUGGGGCUGGGAGGCAGUACAGGCUUUGGAGCAGCACUGUCGAGUAGAUGCUGGAUUUUCUGGAAUAAGAGAUGUCUAUAGUAAUCUGCCACACCAUGAUGAUGUACAGCAGAGCUUUUUCCUUGCAGAGACUUUGAAGUACCUUUACGUGCUUUUCUCUGAAGAUGAAUUGCUGUCUCCAGAACACUGGGUGUUUAAUACAGAGGCCCAUCCACUACCUGUAAUACGCAGGAAUACACAGGAACAAGUGAUCACAAAUGAUCAAUAACAAAAUCUAUCCUGAAGAAAGGAUAAUCUUUAUCAGUCUUUGGGGUUGAAAAAAAUUUCCUUUCCAGUAAAGGACCUUUAUUGAUAUAAGUAGAAAUGAGUUGACAGCGGUUUAAUUGAUGUGUUGUGGUAUUUGAUCUGUUCAGGACACAUUGAUUUCCUCUGUGAGGAGUUGCAUGGCCUGUUGUCUGCUUGUGGUGGGCCACACUUUAAAGCCAAGUCUCAGAAAAACACAUUUAUACCUAAGGUUUCAACAGAGGGAGAAUGCAAACAUCAAAUUGACUGUUCUUUUUAACCAAAGGAUUAAAAUUUCACACAUAAGAUUACUGUAAAGGCUGUUAGUAUACUCCCUUUCUCAUUUUAUAUAAAAAAACAUGUAUUUGUGUAAAGCAAAGUAAAUGCACAUUCAGUUGCUUAUGUUUAUAAUUAAAUUAGCACCUCUGGUCUCAGUGAAAAAAUAUUGCUUUGACAUUACCAACUGGGUUCUGAGAUUCCAUUAUCCUAUAACAAGGCCUUUCAUUUUCUCUGCAAGAAAACUGGUUUGUAUAUUUGCAUAAAAUGUCUUUGUGUGCUGCCUUUACAUGUUGUUAAUUAUUUAUUUUAAACAUCUAGCAACUCUGUUAAAUAGUGCAGGCAAGAAUAUAAUGUAAAUUAGUCAACCAGUGCACUGAGAAGGUGGAAAUUAAAUAUUAAAGGAGUGAACUUCCUCUUCAGUGGGAGCAAAUUGGCUGUCCAUUUUACAUUUUGCCAAUUUUGCACUAUCAAAGAUAAAUUUCACAAUUUAAUGCUUAUAUUUUUAUAUUCCAAUAUUAAUUCCAUUGUUUUUCAAUCUAUACAAAGUAAAACUGUAUUUUCUGCAAUAUUUUUUUAACCCACCUCUUUUAUUUGAUAAUUACAUUGGACAAGAAUAUUUAUGCAGAGUAAUUCAAUCCAAAAAUAUCAUUUAAAUAAUUGUGUAACUUCUAAUGGCAGUUAUCACAUACAUUGCUCAAAAACAGUGUACAUUUUCAUCAGAUGUAUUACAUAUUAACACUUCUAACUCAUUUUACAUUUACAAUUUAAUUAUGUUUUUAGUAUAUUAUGCCAUUUAUUUUGCUUUUGGUUAUUCUACAUAGUUUGAUUCUGAUCCCAGUUGUAUAUUUAUGCUGUUUCGAUGUAUCUCAUUUAUACAUUAAAUUCAUUUUUCUGAUGUCAUUCAUAUAUUUACAGUUUGAUCACAUUUGGUUAAUUUCAAGCAUAUGAAAAUGACAAACAGAAAAGGUCCACUGGCUUAUCCAACUUACCCCACACAUUAUGUAUCACAAUAUGCACAUGCUUCACAACCAUUUUAUCUCCUAGGAAAGAUGAAACCAGAUAAAAAUACAAAUCCAGUUGUGGAGGAGCAAAAAGAUCCUCUUUCAGCCCCCUUAGGCAACUAAGUCAUUUCCUAGUCCAUGAGAUCACCCUUACCCUAACUUACCUUGCAGUUUACCUAACUACUGUCUGUUCUGACAGUGGAAUCAUAUGGCACUGGAAAAGAACAUCCAACCUAUUGGGUCAGUGUCAGUGUUCAUUUUCUACUAUAAUUUCAAAAAGUUUGUAUCAUUUUAUACCUUUUUCAAAUACUGAAAAAUUCCAUGGAUGUUGGUUUUCUAGGAUUUUUUAAAGGGUCCAAAUAUGGGGUGUGAUUCGUAUAUGAUUCAGGGUGUGGUUUAUGUACCAGUAAGUCUUCCCAAACUGAGGGUUCCAAAAUCAGUUGGCCACAUUUGGCCCACUAAGUUGCCUUGAACACCAAACCCACCACCGACUUGCUGACAUUUGCCCAAUGUUAGGCCACAUCCACAGGGGAUGCUCGUUGGGACCCAGCUAAUAUCAGGCCCAGCCCCCAAGCCUCCUGCCCACACCCCUACCUAUUCCCAGGUCCCACCCACCAUUUUCUGCCACCUCAAUGAACAACAUUUACCUGCACUGUCAAAGUCCAGGAUUGCAGAUAACAACUCUGCUACCACUUGAUCUGAGAGGCAGAAGAAGAUAGUUGGCAGAGAAUGAGGCAAAGGAGAGAGAGCUAUAAAUCUGAGGAGGAUAGUGGUGGAAAGCUGAAAGAUAGGAAAGUGGAGCCUAAUAAAAGAGCAGGGGGAGAGAAGAGAGUUGAGAAUCAGGAUAUGGGCUUUUCAAGUAUUGUAACUAAGCUGUAAAUUUUCCCAUGCCCUGCACUAUGUGCAAGGUGAGAAGCUCCCGAUCACUUGGACAGGGAACUGUUGUGAAAAGAUGCUAGAUUUUUUUUAAGAAGCACUUUUUGCCUAAAAUUGAAGUCCCUAAAGAGGAUAUCAAUUUAUACUUGUGCAACUUGUAUUCUGCAUUAUAUGGCAACUAAAUCACUUUUCAAAUGAUGCUUCAGUCACCAUAUACAGCUUCUAAUAACUGUGAUAACAAGUUAUUUAACAUUGGCCUUCUGUCACCUCUUCACCAACCAGUGAUAACUUUCUUUGCUUAUCCUCUUCACUUUCAUAAUCUUGAAACGUUCAAUUUGAUCUCAUUUAGCCCUUCGAGUUACAGUGGAAAAUUCAAUAAUUUUUCAUGUUUUUUUUUCAAGCUGUUACCAUUUGUGUAAUAUUAAGGUAAUAUUCAGGAUUCUCUUUCCAGACUCUCAUUCCCCUCCCAUUAUGUAUCCAGAACCACACACAGCACUACAACUGUGGCCUUACCAAUGACUCGAAUAGAUGCAACAUCUGCUCCUGGUUCCUAAAUUUAGCAUUGUUAUGUACAAACCCAAAAUGUUAGGCCAUUUUUUAUGAUCUUUUAUAGGAUGUGAUAAAGGAUUUGGUAGGUAAAGCAAGUUUAUUUUUGACCACUUUUA